AAGACCGGAGCACGUUAAAAAACCCCGGGGGACAUCCUGCCUGCAUCUUGCUUGUACUGCCGUUUUUUCUUUUUGUUGUUGUUUUUUUUUCUUUUGUGCAGGACCUGUGAACUCUUGAUAGUAGCUUUUUUUUUUACCACUGAGAAAAGUAUAGCGAGUUGGGACCAUGUACUACGUGAAAAAGAAGUCCCAGUACAACCUCCUGAGCAGCAGUAUGGAUCAGAGCCUAGCAAGCCGCGCGGCGUCCACCAGCCCCUACAGCUCUGAGCACACCUCGAAUGUCCCCACGCCGUCGCCCUACUCGCAGCCCAACUCCACCUUCGACGCCAUGUCCCCCGCGCCAGCCAUCCCCUCCAACACCGACUACCCCGGGCCACACAACUUCGAGGUCACCUUCCAGCAGUCCAGCACGGCCAAGUCAGCUACCUGGACGUACUCCCCGCUGCUGAAGAAGCUGUACUGUCAGAUUGCAAAGACCUGCCCGAUUCAGAUCAAGCUGUCCUCCGCACCCCCCCACGGCAGCGUCAUCCGUGCCAUGCCGGUCUACAAGAAGGCCGAGCACGUCACUGAGGUGGUGAAGCGCUGCCCCAACCACGAGCUGGGCCGCGACUUCAACGACGGCCAAGCUGCCCCAGCAAGUCACCUGAUCCGAGUGGAGGGAAACAACCUGGCCCAGUACGUGGACGACCCGGUCACUGGCCGACAGAGCGUCAUGGUGCCCUACGAGUCUCCACAGGUGGGGACAGAGUACACGACAGUCCUGUACAACUUCAUGUGCAACAGCAGCUGUGUGGGUGGCAUGAACAGAAGGCCCAUUCUCAUCAUCAUCACGCUGGAAACUCGAGAUGGUCAGGUUCUGGGUCGGAGAUCGUUUGAGGGUCGCAUAUGCGCAUGUCCAGGGAGAGACAGGAAGGCAGACGAGGAUCACUUCAGAGAGCAGCAAACUCUGAACGAAAACGUGGCCAAAAACGGCAACGCCAACAAACGCACUUUCAAACAGACCCCUCCACACAUUCCUGGACCUGGCAUAAACAUCAAAAAGAGACGGCAUGGAGAGGAGGAGCUCUACUAUAUUCCCGUGCGCGGCAGGGAGAACUUUGACAUCCUGAUGAAGAUCAAGGACAGCCUGGAGCUGGUGGAGCUGGUGCCACAGCAGCUGGUCGACUCCUACAGACAACAGCAGCAGCAGCUUCUGCAGAGACAGAGUCACAUACCCUCCCCCUCCUCCUACGGCUCACCCCUGCCCAACAUGAACAAGAUCCACGGUGGGAUCAACAAGCUGCCGUCCGUUAACCAGCUGGUGGGGCAGCAGCCUCAGCCCAGCCCGGGGCCAGCCCCCAGCCUGGCACACAUGGGUUCCAACAUGCUGAACAGUCAUCACAUGCAGACAAACGGUGACAUAAAUGGAGGUCACACCACCCAGCCAAUGGUGUCUACGUCCCACUGCACACCUCCCCCUCCGUAUAACCCUGACCCCAGCCUAGUCAGUUUUUUAACCAGUCUUGGGUGCCAAAACUGCAUUGACUACUUCACGUCCCAGGGCCUACAGAGUGUGUACCACCUCCAGACCCUAUCCAUGGAGGAUCUGGGGGCCCUGAAGAUCCCCGAGCAGUUCCGCGUGGCCAUCUGGAGGGGCCUGCAGGACAUGAAGCAGGGCCACGACUACGGCCAGCAGCUGAUCCGAUCCAGCAGCAACACGGCCACCAUGGCCAUCGGGCCGUCAGGCGAGCUCCAGCGCCAGCGUGUCAUGGAGGCUGUACACUUCCGGGUCCGCCACACCAUCACCAUCCCCAACCGAGCCGGACCUGGCACGGGGGAGGACUGGGCCGACUUCGGCUUCGACAUGCCCGACUGCAAAACGCGCAAGCACUCCAUCAAGGAGGAAUUCACGGAGAGUGACGUCCACUAAGGGGCAGCGUUCAGUCUUUGUUUUCUUACCGUAGCAUUGCCGUUAUUUAAGGACCGAUAACUUACGUUCAGAAAUGAAUGGAAUUGAAGGGCACAGAUGUCCGUUUAUCACACUAUGAUAUGAGCAGAACGCAAGAAGAGGUUAUAAUUAAUUUUCCAAUUUAAGGGAGAUUUUUUUAUUAA